AUGUAUUUGUACCUUGCGAAGGAUACAUGUUUCCUUUCUUUUGGCCAGUGGUCACCGACUCUUGCUGAUACGGGACACAAGAUCCAAUACGAUACGCACUGGCCGACUAUCUUUUGCCUCAAUAGAGGAUAA